AUGUUUCAUGAAUUCGCUGCAUGGUAUAGAAGGUGGCGAUUCGGUGAAGGGACACGUAUUGAUUUAGUUUUAAUUGGCCCACCAGGUAGUGGGAAAGGGACUCAGGCAGUCAAAAUAGCUGAACGUUAUAAAAUCUGCCAUUUAUCUACUGGAGAUAUUCUUAGAGCCAUUAUAGCAUCAGGAUCAGAACUUGGUCAAAAAGUACAGAAAAUUACGGAAUCAGGAGGACUUGUUUCAGAUGACAUAGUUUGUGAACUAAUCGCACAAAAAAUCAAUUCUCCGGAAUGUGAAAAUGGACUUCUAUUCGACGGGUUUCCACGCACACUAGAACAAGCCAAAAAAAGAUCGUCAGAUUCAUCUAUCGGCUGCUUUGGAAUUCAAGCUCGAUCCUACCAUCUUGGAAAAAAGGAUUUGUGGCAGAUUAUUCCACUUAGCUAG